AUGGCAUGCGACAAAGGAAUUUAAGUAACUAAUCUUCUAUUCAAGAAAUAAUAAAAUGUGAUGAAUAUGGAUCCUAUAAAGCAGUUUAAACCACAUGCAUCGCCAAAGUAAAUACUCUUUUCUUCGUGGUUAACCUUUUCUGCCCUCUUAUCUAAAACGCUUAUAACGCAUCCUACAAAUCCUGUAAAUACUCUAAUUAUCUCAAAUUUGAGAAUCGCCUAUUACUAAAUAACCUAUACAGUACCAUGUGAGGCCCAGUCAAAUUAAAAAGAAUUGAGUUGUGAGUAAUUAAAGUAUAUUGACCUCCUAGCUUAAAGAUAUUUAGUAAAAAGCAACUAAUAAUCAUACUCCACAACUAAUAGCAAUGUUACUUUUCUGAGUAAUGAACUAUAGUUAAAUCCUUUGUUUAAGAACUUCAUCUAAAUAAAAGCAAAAACUCCAAGAAAGGCAAACAUAUGCAAUUGUUAAUCAGAAAUGUUUUAACUUAAUUGA